AUGCCGGAAUUCAAAUUACAUUACUUCGAUUUCACUGGUAGAGCUGAACCGAUCAGAAUGAUUCUAAGCUAUGGAGGAAUCAAAUUUGAAGAUAUUCGUGUUGGUCACGAAGAUUUCGUCAAGAUGAAACCAACGCUACCCUUAGGACAACUUCCAGUGUUGGAAAUCGAUGGAAAAAUGAUACCACAAAGUACAGCAAUAUCUAGAUAUUUGGCGACUCUAACCAAGUUGGAUGGAAAUGAUGCAAAAGAAAAUUUGAGAAUUGACGUUGCUACUGAUACAUUACUUGAUUUACAGCAAAAAUUAUAUGAUUUUGCAUUCGAAAAAGAUGAAGAAAAAAAGAAAACAUUGGAGCCAGUAUUAGCGAAUGAGACUGUACCAUUCUUCCUGAAGAAAUUCGAUGAGAAAGCUGGUGAAAAUGGAGGUUUCAUUGCUAUCAAAAGAAUAUCGUGGGCCGAUAUUUCCUUCAUCUGUGUGUACGAAUCAAUGAGGAAUAUUCUGAAGAAAGAUAUGCUGGCCGACUAUCCCAAUCUCAUCAAAACCAAAAACAACAUUUUGGCAGUACCAAAUUUGAGGGAAUACAUCAAGAGUAGACCUGAGCACAAGAUGUACACUACUUUUGAUUUGAAGCAAGAAUUGUGA